CGAAAAGAUCAACCUAGUAAAAAAGAAGUCAUAUACCCAAAAAAAUCUUCCCUAAACCUAAAAAAAACUCACUGAAUUACUGGAAACCGGAAGCUGAAAAACCCUUCUUAAACCCUUUCUUCUUCCCACCUCAAAUUCUCCACCAUUUCCUAACCUUAUCAUAACUGGAAACCGGAAAAACCCAGAAAUUCUCUCUCCUCCACCACUCCAUCUGAUGCCAGUAAGACCACUUCCUCCGUUGCGCUCCCUUCUCUCUCCUCUUCCUAUGUCUUUUAAUUCAAUUCAUAAUCCUUCUUCUUCAAUCCCUACAUUUCGCCGUAUUUUCCCCUUAAAACUCAAAUAUCUAGGGUUAGGGUUAGGGUUUCCUCCUCGUAAUUUCUCAACUCGCCCAUUUAAAUCAAGGUCCGAUUCCGGACCCAAAUACCCGCGAGAGAUGGUUGCUAAAGCAGCGUCAACGUCGAAGAGUUUAAUUGAGGAUGAAGAUGAGUUGAGUAAUUGGGUUAGUGGGUUGAGAACUGGUUCGUUUAAGUCUGGUGUUUUUACUGAUGAUGAGGAGAAUGUUGAUAGAGGAUUAGGCAAGAAAUGGGGGAGUGAGGGGCAAGUUAGUAAGCGGGGGCGGGAGUCGAAUAAUGUACCUUCUUCUACUAAGGAUUCUCCAAGGUUUGGGAGGAGAUUUGGGGGUGAAGAUGAGGGGAGAGAGAAGAGAAUGAGAGGAAAUGAGAGAGAAUUCGGGACGAGAGGCGGUCGGGGAGGCGGGGGGAUUAGAGGAGGUGGAAGGAUAGGGAGGGAAGGUGUGAGAGGAAAUGAGAGAGAGUUUGGAGGUAGGAAUAGUCGAGGCGUAGGCGGGGGUGUUAGAGGAGGUGGGAGGAUAGGUAGAGAAAGAGAAUUUGUGGGGAGGGAGGGUGUGAAGGGAAAAGAAAGAGAAUUUGGGGAGAGAAAUGUGCGUGGCGGGGGUGGUAGUAGAGGAGGUGGGAAGAUAAGUAGUGUUGAGGUGGGUGGUGGGAAGCGAGGUGCGUUUGUUUCGGAGGAGGAGGAGGAUGAGGUUGAUGAACUUGAGUUUAGGAAAGGGAAGGAUAAGUCGGUUUCUGGGUUUUUGGAUUUGAUUGAUGAGGAUGAUAGUGAUGAGGAUAUUGAUGAUGAUGAUGAGGAAGUUGUGAUUAGGAGUAGGAGUUCUUUGUUUGCAAAUGAGGGUGAGAAACCGAGUUCUGGACCUAGCUCAUCAGAUAGUGUUGAUACUUACCUUAGCGAAACGAGGUUUGAUCAAUGUGCUGUCUCAGACUUGUCGCUGAAAGCAAUCAGGGAUGCUGGCUAUGAGAAGCUUACAAUGGUGCAAGCGGCAACUCUCCCUGUUAUUCUAAAAGGUAAGGAUGUUAUGGCAAAAGCUAAAACAGGCACAGGAAAAACUGUAGCAUUUUUGCUUCCAUCCAUUGAAGUCGUGAUAAAUACACCUCCUGCUGGUCGCGAUCAGAAGCGACCACCAAUUCUUGUUCUCGUAAUAUGUCCAACACGAGAGCUUGCUAGUCAAGCUGCUGCAGAAGCUAACAAGUUACUCAAGUAUCAUUCUUCCAUUGGUGUCCAAGUUGUGAUAGGAGGUACUAGACUUGCAGUUGAGCAGAAGCGCAUGCAGGCAAAUCCUUGUCAGAUUCUAGUAGCUACUCCUGGACGGCUUAGGGAUCACGUUGAGAACACUGCAGGAUUUGCCACUCGGCUUAUGGGAGUGAAGGUUCUUGUACUUGAUGAAGCUGAUCACUUGUUAGACAUGGGUUUCCGCAAGGACAUUGAGAGGAUUGUCGCUGCCGUUCCCAAACAACGGCAAACACUUCUGUUCUCCGCCACCGUACCAGAUGAGGUUCGUCAAAUCAGCCAUAUUGCUUUAAAAAGAGAUCAUGAAUUCAUCAGUACCGUUCAAGAAGGUAGCGAGGAGACACAUGCACAGGUCAGGCAGAUGCAUUUAGCUGCUGCAUUGGAGAACCAAUUUCCUCUAUUAUACACUAUGCUUAGGGAGCAUAUCUCAGAUGAUGUGAACUAUAAGGUUCUCGUAUUCUGUACCACAGCUAUGGUGACGAAACUCGUUGCAGAUCUUCUUGGCGAGCUUAAUUUGAAUGUUCGUGAGAUCCACUCGAGGAAGCCACAGAGCUACAGGACCAGAGUGUCCGAUGAGUUCCGCAAGUCAAAGGGUCUCAUCCUUGUAACUUCAGAUGUUUCAGCACGUGGAGUUGAUUAUCCAGAUGUUACCCUUGUUAUACAGCUCGGAGUUCCAUCUGAUAGAGAACAGUACAUACAUCGGCUUGGCAGAACAGGACGGAAAGGUAAACAAGGGCAAGGGAUACUCGUAUUGGCACCAUGGGAGGAAUUUUUCUUGAGCUCUAUCAAGGAUCUUCCAAUAACCAAAGCGACAACUCCAAUGAUUGAUCCUGAUAUAAGGAAGAAAGUUCAGCGGGCUUUAGCACAGGUUGAGAUGAAGAACAAGGAAGCAGCAUACCAGGCAUGGCUUGGGUACUAUAAUUCCACGAAGAACGUGGGGCGUGACAAAACGAGGCUUGUAGAGCUAGCAAAUGAGUUUAGUCGAAGCAUGGGGCUUGAUACGCCUCCCGCCAUUGCCAAAAUGGUUCUUGGCAAGAUGGGCUUGAAAAAUGUCCCUGGUUUGCGUAUCAAAUAGAUGUAAUCAACUGAUUAUAUUGUUUUGAUUUCGAGCUAUGUAAUUUAGGCUGACACUCGAGGGCAAUUAUAUUUUUUGGUAACAUUAAAUCUUGUCGCACUUUAGCUGUCUUUGGCAUGUAUCAUUUCAGGUUUUUGGUAGUAGGUUAGAGGUUAUUAGUUCAAAUUGCUAUUGUUAGAUGGUGUAUAUUCUUGGAUCAAGGUGUAUAUUCACCUAGCGAUUUAUUUAUACUUUGCGUGAAGUAAACUGAAA